UCCGGGAAGGUAGCAGGCAGCAGAAGCUCCUGCAGCAGUGGCCGGCGUUGGGGUGGGAAGCUGCUCUCCACCCCUCCGACCAGACCCUUUCAGCGCUCUGCUCCCGCGCCAGCCUACCUCCCUCCUCGGCGCCAUGACCACCACCACCACCUUCAAGGGCGUCGACCCUAACAGCAGGAAUAGCUCCCGGGUCUUGCGGCCUCCAGGUGGUGGAUCCAAUUUUUCGUUAGGUUUUGAUGAGCCAACAGAACAACCUAUGAGGAGGAACAAAAUGGCCUCCAGCAUCUUUGGGACACCUGAGGACAAUCCCCCGUCGUGGGCCAAGUCGGCAGGUACAAAGUCCAGUGGUGGCAGGGAAGAUUCUGAGUCAUCUGGACCCCAGAGAAGGAACUCUUCUGAAGCAAACUCUGGAGACUUCUUACAUCUGAAGGGAGAAGGUGAAGUUCAUGAAAACGUGGACACAGACUUGCAGGCCAGCCUGGGGCAGAGCGAGGAGAAGCCCGUGCCCGCCGCCCCUGUGCCCAGCCCGGUGGCGCCAGCCCCAGCGCCGUCCCGGAGAAACCCUCCUGGUGGCAAGUCCAGCCUCGUCCUGGGUUAGCUCCUCCUGCCCUGAACUCUGUCGUUCUGUUUGUUUUCUCCAUGCUUGUGAACUGCACAACUUGAGCCUGACUGUACAUCUUUUUGGAUUUGUUUCAUUAAAAAAGAAGCACUUUAUGUACUGCUGUUCUUUUUUUUUUAUUUUAUUUUUGUUUUGGAAGAACAGGUUCAGUCUGUCCUGAUUCCUCUGGGUCUGUAGGCCAUGGCAUGAGUGUUUUCUAGUAGUAGAUUGGAGGGAAAAGCUUUGUGACACUUAGUACCGUGUUUUUAAGAACAAAUCAUUUGGUUCUAAAUGUGUUAAGAGGGUCUUUUGUACUGAGGUUUUUAAAACCCUUUUCUUGUCAGCUUUACUUGGGUUUACCAAGCCUGCACUGGACAGGCCAGUAGACAGUCCACAGGCGCUGUCCCUUCAGGCCCCCAAACAAAGUUGUUUUCAUGCCGAACUUACUUGGCGUUGCCCUGACUUGUCAGUGCCCUUUGCUAAAAGCAUCUUCUGUGCCAUAUGGAGUGAUAGAGGCCUGCGCCUCAUGCCUUGCUGCCUGCAAAGCAAAAACAAAAACAAAAACAAAAACACCUUACCUUUCUGAACCUUAAGAAAUCUUUAAGCCAGAUACUAACCUGACUGGCUGAGCAAAGCCCGCUGCUCCCAUGCAGAGGAAGGCUUCUGUGUACAAAUUGAUGGAUUCCAGGUGGUGAAGCAAGGGCGGGGACCACACAGAAGUGGGUCUUCGUGGUGCACGGACCCCACGGGGGCAGUGCUCUUAGGUAACUUGAAGCUGUGUGCAUGAUGCUGGUGCUAGACCAUGAAAUGAAAGUCUCAUCCUUAAAAUGUGUGUUGUACUUUCACAAUCCUGGAUUGUUGCUUAAAGUAAACAAUGUACAAAUUUU